AAAAUACUUGUGUGUCCGAAACCGUCGGCAAGCCACCGAGACACUGUGCGGCCAUGAAAUCAUCGGGCACGUCCCCACAUUUCGCUUUUGGAUCUACCCUUCAAAAAUUAUUCAUCGCGAGGUGUUUUGUGUAUAGUCAUUUAUCUUAUACUUCAGGAAAUAGCCGAGUAUAAAGUGCACUUGAACCAUUACACUAUUACUCCCUCCGCUAUCCACUCAGCAGGCGCAAUCCCGCGAAACUCGCGUCGGCCUCAACCCAGAACCAAACAACCUGCCGUCAGUCCAACCUCGUCGUUUCAAUUUCAUUUCAACAUCAGAUCCUCUUCCUCUUGACAGUGGACCCCUACUAAAGACAAAACCACCGUCUCCCUCUCUCCCUCCUAGCUUAUCGAAAUCUUCUCUUGACUGUCACAUACUCACACGUACCUAUACAUACAUAUAUAAGUACCUUUUUCCAGAUGGAUCGGAGAAGGACGGAGAGCCCGGUCUACUCGCGGCAGUGGAGUGGUGAUUCUAGCAGCACUGGAUCGUCCUCGCCGGUUAUGUCUCCGGCGCACGCUAGCUUGCGGUUAGGGUCUGGUAUGUCCACUAUCAUGCGUACUCAAAACGUUGCAGCGAAGGCCGCGGCGCAGCGGCUGGCUCAAGUGAUGGCGUCGCAGACCACCGAUGACGAUGACGAGGAUGAUGAUCUAGGGUUCCGAUUCAGUGCUCCGCCGCUCCCUGCUCCGUCGAGUUUCAGCAGCAGGCUUAAUCACAGCGGAAAUAAUGGUGUUCCGCCGUCUAUUUCGAUUGCUAGAGCUAAUAGAUCUCCCUCACCUGCGUUAGGUCGAAACUUGGCAGAGCAUGUUCCUUCUGUGCGCUCCACAUCUGCUGGAAGGCCAUCAAUGUCCGUCCGUACAGGGACGCUGGUACCACCAAGUAAAUCAUCAUUAAGAACUCCCGUUUCUAUACCUCCCAUUGAGCCUCCUUCUAAUAGGAAUAAAGAGAAAAGGUUUACUCUAGAUGUGAGACAACUCAAGACAAAAGAUGCAAGAGAUCAGCGUGAAGCUUCAGCUCUUCGUGAUGAGCUUGAUAUGUUACAAGAAGAGAAUGAAAUUAUUCUUGAUAAGCUCCGUUGUGCAGAAGAAAGACGUGAGGAGGCAGAAGCUAGAGCCAGGGAGCUUGAGAAACAGGUUGCUGCUCUUGGGGAAGGUGUAUCCCUAGAAGCUAAACUCUUGAGCAGAAAGGAAGCAAAACUACGACAAAGAGAGGCUGCUCUUAGAGCUGCAAAACAAACUAAAGAGGGAAGAGAUGAAGAAAUUGCAGCCCUUCGUUCUGAACUUGAGAGUUUGCAAGAGGGAGCUGCUGCGGCUGUGGAACAGUUCCGAGAAGCAGAAUCCGAAGCAAAAGCUCUUCGUACUAUGACGCAAAGAAUGAUUUUGACUCAGGAAGAAAUGGAGGAAGUGGUCUUAAAGAGAUGUUGGCUUGCUCGCUACUGGGGUUUAGCUGUAAAGCAUGGUAUUUGUGCUGAUGUAGCUGUCGCAAAGCAUGAGCAUUGGUCUGCUUUAGCUCCUCUUCCAUUUGAAGUUGUCAUUUCUGCCGGACAAAAGGCUAAGGAGGAGCCUUUGGAUAGAGGUGGUGAUGAUCCAGAUAGAAGUAAACCUGCUCGUGAUAUGAGUGACCUAACAGGAGAAGGAAAUAUAGAGACUAUGCUUUCAGUUGAAAUGGGAUUGAGGGAAUUGGCAUCUCUAAAGGUUGAAGAUGCCGUCAUGCUUGCAUUGGCUUUACACAGACGACCAAAUUUGAGAUCAUCACUUGAUCCCAAGUUUAUAGAGGCCUUUGAAUUGAGUGAAGAGGAGGCGGAAGAUGUUAUUUUCAAAGAGGCAUGGCUAACAUACUUCUGGAGAAGAGCUAAAGUGCAUGGCGUGGAAGAGGAUAUUGCAGAAGAGCGGCUUCAGUUCUGGAUCAGCCGCAGUGGGCAGUCACCAACAUCUCAUGAUGCUGUGGAUGUUGAGCGAGGUUUGUUGGAGCUGAGAAGGUUGAGCAUAGAGCAGCAACUUUGGGAAGCAUCUCGGAAAGAAAUUGACCAGCCGCCUUCAAACUUUGUUGCCAAUCACAAGCCUACUGCAGAUUCCGAGACUUAUUGAUGAUUGUCAAUUUGUCACAUCAAUGAGUUACGUAUAUUCUUUUUUCCAUGUAGGCUGCUUGUGUCUAUUCUACGUCUGUAAAUUUUUUCUUCUUAUUUAUUUCUUUCUACAUUCAAUUUUGUAGCAAGCGCUAUAAUUCUUUAAGCUAUGAAUUUGUCAUGUCGUGUUGGGUCCA